AUGAAUGUCCGUGUGUACGGCAAAGCUGUGCACUCGUCCUUCGCACUGACGAAUCACGGCUGCAACGCCAUUGACUACGCCGCGAAGAUCAUCGUGAAGAUACGUGAAUUCGGAGAGGAGUUCCGCAAGAGCGGCACCCACGACAAGGACUACGUGGUGCCACACACGACGAUGUCGACAAACCUCAUCAAGGGCGGUAACGCUGUGAACACCGUGCCCGCGGAGUGCGAGUUCAGCUUCGAGUUCCGCAACCUGCCGCAGGAUGACGCGGCGACGAUUGAGAAGCGCGUGCGCUCGUACGUGGACGACGAGCUGCUCCCUGCCAUGAAGGCAGAGUGCCCCGGUGCCCGCAUUGAGUUCACGGUGGUGGGCCCAGUGCCUCCCUUCGCGGGUAAUGAGGAGGCAGCCAUCACAAAGCUGGUGCGUAAGCUAACAAACGAUCACGCAGUGCACAAGGCUGCUGGUUGCACGGAGUCGGGCUACUUCACUGGCAUUGCGGGUGUCCCCACUGUUGUGUGUGGGCCGCUUGGCGAUGCGAUCCACUGCGCCAACGAGUACGUUACNCGACGAGUUGCUCCCUGCCAUGAAGGCAGAGUGCCCCGGUGCCCGCAUUGA